AUGACUGAACCAUCAAGAAAACCAUCGUUGACGCCGCAAUUCUGCUUCUCAUCGGGAGCGCUUCGGGAAUUCUUGCGCCUAUCUCGCUCCUCCAUCGAUGAUUCAAUCAACCAGAACCUGAACGCGCUGAUCACACCUGCAAGCGCAGGCUUCGACCCGAAGUCUACUUCGCACAGAUCACCGAGGUCGACGUCGCGCCAAGUCGACCCAACAGCGUGCAACCAGUUCAAGGACAAGGUUUUAUACCCAUCAUGGCAAGCAAGGAACGAUGUGCUGUACUACUGUGGCGUUGUGGCCUCCAGCCCUGACCCGGACGAUCCUGAAGCAACCCUCAGAGCGAUGGAGAAAGAGAAGGACAGUCACCGGGUGGUUGACGAGCGGUUAGACCCUUACUCCGGAAGAUUCUUUCCGCGCGAGGCGAGGACCGAAGUUUUAGCAUCGCUGAUACGACAAGAAAACCAAGUAGAAAAUAUUGUCCGCACCAAGACAUGGUCGACGAUCCAACAGCGCUGUGGGGGUACAGAGCUGACUUGGGAGCAAGCCAUGAACAAAUGGAGAGAGGGCAAAGGGUUGACGCUGGUAAGGCCUUGA